CGUACUUAAGCAAUAGGUGGCACUGAUGGAUGAUAUAGGAUUGUCCCUGAGACAGCGUCACUGCGGAAGUGAAAGCCAGCAGAGGAGAAACUUGGACUGUGUCACUUGGAGCAGCGUCCAGGCAAAGACAAGCAGACAUGUGGCAGGAGAUUCUUCCAAAUGCCUGGAAGAGCGUCUUGUCCCGGAUCAGCCCUCUGCAAUAGCCCCAGACGCCUCUACUGAUACCCAAAGGAAACUGAAGAACUUGAAGCACAGGUCUUUUGAAUAUUCUCAGAAGAAUGCAGUCCUGGUCCCUGUGGCUGCCCUGGGGGUUGGAGGGAUCCUGAUUUGCUGGCUGAGAUCUAGACACAAGAUCAAGACUAUUGAAAUGGGCGAUGGAUGGUGGGGCUCAGGUGAAAGAUCCCUAAAAGGGAGAGAAGAUGACAGUAUCCGUCCCUUCAAGAUUGAAACAUCUGACAAAGAAAUCGAGGAUCUGCACCGGCGCCUGGAUCAGGCCCGCUACACACCACAUGUGGAAGGGGCUGCCUUCCACUACGGCUUCAACUCCAGCUACUUGAAGGAGGUGGUGUCUUACUGGAGGAACCAGUUCGACUGGCGCAAGCAAGUGGAAGUCCUGAACAAAUACCCCCACUUCCACACCACUAUUGAAGGGAUUGAUAUCCAUUUUAUCCAUGUGAAGCCACCCUAUGUUCCUCAUGGUCGAGCUGUUCAACCGCUGCUGAUGGUCCACGGCUGGCCUGGCUCCUUCUAUGAGUUCUACAAGAUCAUCCCUCUGCUCACGGAGCCAGCCAAGCAUGGCCUGAAUGAGGGUGACCUGGUAUUUGAGGUUAUCUGCCCAUCCAUCCCAGGCUAUGGCUUCUCAGAGGCCCCUCACCAGCAAGGCUUUGACUCCAUAGCUACGGCUCGGAUAUUUCAUAAGCUGAUGAAGAGAUUGGGCUUCAAGGAAUAUUACAUUCAGGGAGGAGACUGGGGAUCUCGUAUUACUACAAACAUGGCCCAGAUGCUGCCACAAUCUGUGAGAGGGCUUCAUCUGAAUAUUGUCUUCCUUGGCAAACAAAGUUUGGGAAGGUUGAUUUCCAUAAUGCUUGGAGCUUAUGUACCAUGGCUUGUAGGCCUCAGUAGGGAAGAUGCUCGACGUGUCUACCCCUUCAUGCAGAAGAACGUCUAUGACCUUCUGCGAGAGUCUGGAUACUUACAUAUCCAAGCCACCAAACCAGACACUGCAGGUUGUGGACUGAAUGACUCCCCAGUGGGGCUUGCUGCAUAUAUUUUGGAGAAAUUCUCCACCUGGACGGAUAAAUCAUUUCUGCAUAAAGAUAAUGGAGGCUUAGAAAGCAAAUACUCUCUUGAUGAGCUUUUGACCAAUGUGAUGAUUUAUUGGGUGACAUCCUCCAUUGUGUCCUCAAUGCGAUACUACAAGGAGAAUAUUUCCAAGGACCCUAACCUAAAUGCUUAUAACAGGUUUAGUAUACAUGUCCCCACAGGGAUUGCGGCUUUUCCUCAGGAGAUAGUUCAUACACCACGUACCUGGGCAAAGGAUGUCUACAAGAACAUCGUCACUUACUCUUACAUGCCACGUGGAGGGCAUUUUGCUGCCUUUGAGGAACCAAAGCUUCUGGCACAAGACAUCAUGCAGUUUGUCAGAAAAGUGGAACAGAUGUAAACCUGCAGUUUAAAUACAUGCAUAGAAUGGAAGCAAGUUGUUCUGGCACCAGCAGAACCUUUGCUUUGAGGGGUUAAACAAAUCCGACGUAAUCACAUAUAGAAACCAGCAUUUUAUUUUGAUAAUAAUUACAGUACUAAACUUGUUAAUCAAGCUGUAAAGAUUUUUAUAAGGAGAACAAAAAAUUAAAAAACUC